AUGGACGUGCGUGUUUGGUCCAUUUUCUCUGGCGAAUUAUUGACCAGAAUUGCUUUGGAAGCUGGCCCUGGUGUUACUGGAGCAGACAUCAAAAAAAUACUCUCUGACCAGCUGGGAAUCAAUAGGUUCAGACAAGUGUUGUAUUCGAAGGAUGGAACACAGAUUCUAAAUGGAGAAGUCUUAAACCAAAUUGAGCAUGAUGUGCAUUUGCUGGUCAAAGGAACCGGGCACGUUUUGUGCAACGAGUCCCAGCGAAGUCAAAUGGUUGAAGCUUGUUCGGCUAAUAAACUGCAGAUCCUGGAACUGCUAUUGUACGAGCAUCUUGAUCCAAACACUACAGACGCAUAUGGCAGAACCCUACUAGAAUUGGCAGCUGGCGGAGAUCAUCUGGACGUAGGCAAUCUUUUAUUGGAGGCUGGUGCUGAAGCAGAGACGAAAUCAGCCAUAAGCACUCCUCUUUUGACAGCCACCAGAAUGGGCAACACCGAAUUCGUGAACCUUCUGUUGCAUGCUAAUGCAAAUCCUAAUCGUUGCUACUGUGUUCGACCUGGAUUUCAAAAAUGUUGGACACCUUUGAUUUGUGCUGUUCGCCACGACGUGGAUUACGAUUACAGACAUGCAACUAUCGUUCCCAUGCUCAUUAAAGCGGGAGCAGACGUGAACUACAGCUGUGAUAGCAUGCCACCCUUGGUUGCUGCAGUCGAGCAGUCGAGUUAUCACAUCAUGUGGUACCUGCUUCAAGCUCAGGCAAAUCCGAAUGUCACGAAUCGCAAUUUGAAGCCAGUUUUGCAUAUUGCAGUCAAAAGAAACGAUCCUACUGCUGUGGAAAUGUUGCUUCAGAACUCUGCUGAUAUAGAAUUGAGAGAUGCUCAGAAUCGAUCAGCCGAGCAGCUUGCAGCCAGUGCUGCUUUGAGAGAAAUGCAAGCUUUUGAAAUGCUCAUUCGUGGUUACAAGAGAACUUUUCGUGACUUCAGUACUGCAGAGAACAAGGCGAGGAAAAGACGCGAUUGCAGUGCUUCGUCUAACCACAUGGAUGAUAUCAAUUCGGAUGACAAUCGUUCAGAGGAAGAUUGGAAAUCAGACAAUCCCGAAGAAGAUUUGCAGCAAAUCAGUGCCAAACACUACAUGACAGACGAACUUGCUUCCAGAUGGUACAGAAUGAUGUUGAAGACAGUCGAGCUUCUGACAGAUGAUUGUCUUGCAGUUCUGCCUUCUUACUUUGGAGGACCCAGACAAGCUCGUUUAUCUCGUGAGAUCGAAUUGACAUCUGUGGUUCAGAAGCUGCAAGAUUUGAGCUCCGACAUUGUCGACAUGUGCAACGAUAAAUUACUUUCAAAAAAACAGUCUGAGGCAUUGACUGAAAACAUCUUGAACGAGAUUCCGAUGCUUGGCCAACAAGUUUUUGACAUGAAGCUGGACGAAGAGAGAAAAGUCAACCCUCACAAUCCUGCGAAAACUGUGCAGAUCAGCAACAACAGGGUGGUGUAUUAUGAAAGUUUUCAUUUGCUGAUCAACCGCUACACGUACAACAAGAAUCAUGGAAUCUCUUUUCACGAUGACAUUAAAGAAGGAUAUGAUGUGGACAAAGAUCCCAUUACUUCUUUCUCCUGCCGACUCGGGUCUUUGCUGGUUAUCAUCUCCAGCAGAGCACCAGAGAAACAAGAGAAGACCGAGGGCAAACGUGCGUUUGUUGUGUAUCAGCCUCCGGGAACAAUUCUUGUGAUGGGCGGCAAGUUUCAGAGAGCUUACAAACAUGGUGUACCAAGUUUUCAGGAGAUCAAAGAGCUUCUUGCUUGUGCAGACGACUUGACUACUUGGGACGGUGUGAAACUAAAAUUGGAGUGGUUUUCGAAUUCGAAAGACUUGAUGCGACAGGAAGUUAGACGUAUUGACGCCUUGAAUCUGGUCAACGAGCAAGACGCACGUUGGAACGUCACAAUGCGAUGGGUGAGAAAUCAUUCACAGCCUUUCUGUCCUCUAAAUCCCCGACUCUUGGCAAAUAUCAGUCGACUGGAUGAAGAAAAUCAUCAGCGGAGGAAUCAGCUGAAGCAGCUGAAACUGUUGAACCCGGUAUUGCAGAAAAAAACUGCAGAGCCAAAGGCAAAGGCCGCUAGCCCUGCAUUUGCUUGGAACCCGCCCGGAGGAAACAGAGCUCGUCCAAGCAAAAGCGGAACACAGGAUGUGAAUCCGGGGAGGGAAACCGAGGAGAAAGAAUCGGAGAAAGAUUCAGAAAAGGAUUCAAAUGAGAUAUUUGACUUCGUUUCUAUUAUUUCUGAUGCCCUGGAGCUGCAGAUAUUAUCAGACGAUCAGAUGAUUGGCAUGGCAUUGUGUGCCAGCCAGCAAAUUCGCAAACAUCGUUUCUCCACAUUUCAGAAACAGUACAAUCUUGGUUACAAUUUGUACAACAAGAUUUCGGCAGCGAAUAUGAAAGUGAAAGAGGAUUUAGACCCGUUACUCGAGGCUGUAGAUCGGAAACUGAGGAGAUUGAAAAACUUGCAGAUGCUUAUUGAGCUUUUGUGGUUGGACAGCGAAGGUCAGGGCAAUUUCAUGAGCUGUACUACUCUGAACCAGCAGCACGAGUUCAACAAGUCAAAUGAUCAUCUGAAUCGGGUUGUGAUGUCCUUCUUUGACUUGAACGAAUGCUUGCCUGUGGACGGCUUUUUGAGCUGGGAUCACAUGAUUGAUGAAGGAUGGCUGGUGUUCAAUUUCGACACUUUACAGGACAAUCGAAAACCCAAAGCGGAGGUAACAAAAUCGAAGAAAGGUUCACCGGUCGUAGCUGAUGUCACAAUGACAGGGAUCGUCAAAGUGAGCCAAUUUGACAUCCUGUAUAUCAAGAGAGAAAAUAUUUUGCCAGAGCAAUUCCCUUUGCGAGUGACAUUUCUUGCUGAUGCAUCAAAGAAUGUUGCUGCAAAGUGCAAGGACAAGCAAUCUUUGAGCAGUCAGGAACAAUUGAAACUGUGGAUGCAACAGCUGAUGAACUUCGUCGCGGAAUUGGAGGAAGAAAAAGGUUUCAGUCCACUUUUAGAUCGAAAAGGAUUCAUGAAAACCUGCAAAAUCGUACUGUGGACACUUCCUCUCUCUGACGCUCUGGAAUAUAAGAAUAAGAAGCAAAAGAAAGCUUCGAAUACUCGCGGUUGA